AUGGCCUUCACCACGUCGCCCGGCCAGGACGUCCCGUCUCUCGCAGCCGCCCUCGAACACGACAAUCCCGACCACCCCAUCCAGAUCGCCCCAGAGCUCAUGGGCGAUGCGGGUGCACCUCCCGAUAUUCCCCGCACCGACCAAGAGCAUGCCCAGGCCGCGGCUGACGCUACCCAGAAUUUUGGCUCAUACCAGAAUUCUUCCGCACGCGACGACGACUUUCGCAACUGGGACAAUGGGUCCAAUGGCGUGCCCGGCCAGCGGACCAAUCCCUGGGAUGAUGGCUACCGAGACCAUCCAUCGCGCGCCCAUAGCCCUUCCGGCCAGAAUUAUUCCUACAACGAUCAGUCGGGCGCGUCUGGUCACGACGGCGUGAACGACAACGGUGGCGAUGGCUCUGACAAGCCGCGUAAGCGCGCAAGGCAGUCCAAGCCUCGUGGUGCCGUCGAGAAGAAUGGUCUCAACGCCGACGGCUUGCCUGAGGAGGGUGUUCUGGAUUUUGCCCAUCCUUCCGGUGACUUCAAGCUCGGUCCUGUCUUUGUGCAUCCUCCCAAGAAUGUUGCCCAAGCGUGUGUCAGGUGCCACAAGAUCAAGAGAAAGUGUGACAACGCACGCCCUAGGUGUGCUGGAUGCGGCAAGGCGGACGUUGCCUGCGUCUUUGAGCUCAACCCUGCUACCGCGAGUUACGUCUCAUCACUCAAAUCUGACAACAUUGCCCUCUCGACACAAAUGGUCUCUGCUGCUGAGCGCAUCUCUCAACUUGAAGCCCUCCUCGUCCAGUCCGGCCAUGAUAUCCCUCCUCCCCCUCAACAUAUCGAGAGUGUCAAUGUCAAUCUAGCGCUUGCGGCUGUUGAGGCUGAGAAGCCUGGGCGCGAGCAUGACGAUGGACAUGGCGAGAAGAGGUUGGAGCUCGAGGAGGCUAUCGGUGCUGGUCACGAUGACAUGCACCACCUCAGUCAAGCUUUAGACGAUGAGGAGGAAGCGAGGAAGAGAAGGAAACUGUCUGUGUAA